AUGGAUAAGUCACACUUGAAUAAUUACCGUAUUGCAAUCGUGGCGCCGUUACCGGAAGACUACGAGACAGCCAAAGCCUUAUUGGACGAACCACAGCCUGAAUAUCAUUUGACAAACUCGGGAGCUGCAUGCUCUCUUGGCAAAGUUGGCCCUCACAAUGUCGUCCUGCUCGGAAAAACUGGGAACAUGCUCAAUGUCUCUGUUUUUGUCAAAGCCACAGUCGACGAAUUACUAGAAACCUUCCAUUCUAUACGAGCUGGCUUUUUGAUUGGAGUUGAUGCUACAGCACCCGAAGAGAGCCUUGCCAAACCAGGCGAUAUCGUCGUGGGAUUCCCCCAAGGCUUUCAACCUGGGCACUUUCAAUUCGACGUAGAUGAGACAACUAUUUCCAAUCGCAUCUCAACUACUUUUGAAAUGAGCCAUCCACCCUCUUGUAUCAAAUCUGUCAUCAACACCAUCCAAUCUCCGGAGGGUCGCCAGCACUGGGGCCAAUAUCUGCAACAUCAAUCAUCCCGAGCAGAGCUUGCCUCCACAGAGGAUCAACAGCCGGUGGAACGGAAUACUAGUAAAGCUAACAAAGUUCUACGGGGUAAAGUAGCAUCGUCUGCUCGUCUCCUAUAUGAUCGUGAUUUGGCCAACAGGGUCGGACGCGACAGCAAGAUCAUGUGCUUCGAACGAGCAGGUGCCAGUAUCAAAUCAAGAUUUCCUAUAUUGACUAUCUGUGGCAUACUUAGCUCUACAAGUGCCUGUUCACCAAAAUUGAAUGAAUCUGCGCUACGUCAAAUCAAAAUGGCCACAGUCAUUUAUACUAUUUUUGUCUCUUAUCGAAUCAGUACCCUCCAACUGGAAGACGAACAUGCCUUUACAGAUCGAUUUCAAUACGAGCCAUUUGAUUUGGAGAGUGCUGGAUUUCGAUUGGUACUCCUUGAAAAAGGCGUUCAAUCUCAAUUGCGGUGCCAACUUUGGCAAGCUUACCUCAACGACAUAAUCCCCUAUGAAGCACUGUCAUAUUCUUGGGGAAGCCAAAGCACACCUCAUGAGAUCAUAGUAGACGAGAAGACAUUGUCAAUCACAGAAAGCCUUCACGAAGCUCUCUGGCACUUGAGGAGACCUGACGAGGACCGGAUGCUCUGGGUUGAUGCUCUGUGCAUUGACCAGAACAAUAUCAAGGAGCGUGGUCAUCAAGUCAAUCGUAUGGGAGAAAUUUAUAAGAAAGCCGACAGAGUGAUCAUCUGGCUUGGCUAUGUGAGCGGAAAUGCUGUCAAGCUAAAAUCUGGCAUCGACAUGUUUGAGAAGAAUCUGCCCUUGAACGCUUUUAGCCAAUGGCCGCGGGAAGACAUCCGCUGGAAACAAAAGUGGAAAGAAGUUGAAGCUGGGCUCGGGGUAUCCUACCAAGAAGAGCUGGUAGAUGGUCUUCAAACCUUCAUGAAGAAGCCCUGGUUUUCAAGAGUUUGGAUCCUACAAGAAGUGGCCAAUGCAAAACGGGCCACUGUGAAGUGUAAUCUUGGGGAAAUGUCCACCAAAUUAUUCGCCCUUCUCCCAUAUCUUACAGGUGUCGAAGUCAGCCAACAGUGCCAGGCUGUAUUAGAUAUCAUGCCAGGUGAGAUGAGGCGCUCGUCCUGGUGGAACAAAUCCCGAAACCUGUGUCACUUGCUGUGGAAAUUUAGAGGGUGCCAGGCCUCAGAUCCAAGAGACAGAGUCUACGCAUUACUUGGAAUGGCGACCGAUAUAAAAGAGAGUAGGAUCCGGGCUGAUUACGCCAAAGAGGAGCAAGUGGUAAUGCAGGAAUUGUAUGCUUACAUUUUAGGUGAGCAGGGUCCGGCCUAUAUUCCACUAGCGUCAAACAUUCAAGCAUUUCAACGAGGACUCCCAGACAUUUCGAGGAUAAAACUCCAGCAGGAGCUGGAGAGCACACCAAGAACAGAUUUGCUGGAACAGUGUCUGCGCCGUCAGGGCUUGAUAAACCAAAUUAAUGAUGAGCAUCUCUUGCAUGUCAUGCAACAUGGAAGCAGUUUCAUAAAUCUGUUCUUGGAUAAGAGUGAAUCUCCGUUUCGGAUCUCUUCAGAUAUUGGUUUGCAGUGCCUUCAGAGGUUCCCUGAUGGAUUUGAGAUCCUGAUGCAGAGGCCUGACUUUGUGAUUCAUCCUAUGUCGGACUUCGUCGCUCAAGCUGGGGAAUAUCGGCCACAGAUACUGGAACGACUCAUUGCAUCUUCUACUGAUCCAGAACAAUUGAAGGAUGAUGCUAUUCUAAAGGCUAUUCAACGGGGCCUACCGACAUGCCGAGCACUGCUUGAUAACUGCGGAUCGGCUGUCAAGAUAUCCAAAGAGAUGCUGAAGCAGGCCAUGAUUUCUCAUCGAGAUAUCCUGCAGUAUCUUCUGGCGAAAGCCCAAUCUCCAAUCAAGAUGUUCGAAAAUCUCUUGCUAGAGGCAACCCCUGAAGGCUUCCAUAUUCUUAAUGGGGCCAAACAACCGGUAGUGAUCACCAAAGAGCUGAUUAUCGAAGGCACUAUGGCUGGUCCAGAUGUUCUCCAGCUAUAUCUAGUCACGUUAGGAACUCCGAUUGAACUGGAAGAAGAUCUCUUUAUCAAAGCGGUUGAGAACGGUCUGGACACAUUGGAGUGCAUACUCUCAAACUGUACAAAGCCUUUCAAUAUAACGAAAAGAGUUUACCGACAAGCAGUUAAAGAGGGCAUUGAAACAUUGUCAUACCUCUUCCCAAAGUCGGAAACCCAGUUUAAAAUCACAGAAUCGUUUACAGCGUCCGCGGUUGAGUCCUUGCCAGGACGUGGCUGGUGGGAGUCACUUAGCGGAUUCCAGGGAAAGGGGCGAAGUUUCGCUCGUAGAGUUAUUGCACGCCGUGCUCUCGCGGACUAUGGAAAGGAAAAACUACAGAUCACAGACAAAAUAAUUUCCUUGGCCGGCGCUACCGAGACUGGUGAGAUGUUGAAAAGGAUACAAGAAGCAGAGCAAGACGUUCCCGAGGAUACAGCAGUAAGAGCAAUCGAAGAUGGUCCCGAAGCUUUCACUGCGCUGCUCAACAAACGAGGUACAAACUUCAGGGUGACCCAGCGGAUUCGUGAAGUAGCUAGCGGAUAUAUACUCCGAUAUCGACUUACAUAG